CUGAUUGAAUUUACAAAGUACAGUGAUGACAACAGAAAAUUGAAACUUGGAGAGCUGUUGUUUGAAAAGAUAAAAGGACAGUUUAUUUGCAUUCUUCCUGUGCUUGCCAGUAGUCCUUCCAAAGAAGCAGUGGUUGAUACAGAACGAAUUAUGAAGGAUGCUUUGUUCCAAUGGACACAAUUUACUGCAAGAAAAUGUGAAUCAGUUGCCAUACAUGCAUCAGUGUAUGAUGAACAUGUUUGCUUUGUUGCUGACUACUUGAACCACUUCCUAAAAGCUUCAUUACAGCUCAGAAAGCUUCAUAUCUACAUAUGUUGUUCUAGCAAGGAUGAUGUUCAGUGAAUAGUUGAUUACAUUCAUGAAUACCACCUGGUAGAAAGCCAGGCUAUGGUUCUGCGACACAUUCAUUCAGAUGAAGUCUACUUUAAAGGAGUGAGACCCAUUGAGAUUGAGGUAACCAAUGGCUCCAUUGUAGAACAAAAGGUUGAAUUUUUAGUUAACACAACCAACAGAAAACUGAAACUUAUAAAAGGAGCUGUUUCAAAAAUGUUGUUAGAAACUGCUGGUGAUGACAUUCAGGAUGAAUGUAAUUUUAAAUGCCCAAAUGGUUUAGUUGAAGGAGACUAUGUUGUAACAAGUGCAGGACGGCUGAGGGAGUCAGGAAUGAAACACAUUAUCCAUUGUGUGCUUCCAAAGUUCCAGAAAGUUGACUUUGACAAGACAAUUAAGAGCAUGACUAAAUGGUGCCUGUAAGAAGCUGACAAGCACAAGUGUAAAUCAAUUGCCAUUCCACCUAUUGGUACAGGCAGAAUGAAUUACCCUGCACGGGAAAUAGCAUAUGCCAUGUUGACAGCAGCAAAGGAGUACCAAACUGAAGCUGUUUGUUCUACUCUUGAAAAAAUUGUGUUUGCUAUUUUUGACAAUAAAGAUGGAAUGUUAAAGCAAUUCUUUGACGUAAAAAAUGAUGUUUUCUCAGAGGAAAACAAAGACUACAGAGAACUCACCAAUUGUGAACCUCCUGGAGUAAAGAAGCAGUUGGGCAGCAUGGGAGAUAAUUUAAACAUCCAUGUGGUUGCCAAACCAGAGCUGAAGUAUUUGUCAAAGCAUGUAGUUGUCUUUGAAUUCACAACAGAACAAGGAGUGUCGCUCAGCCACGGACCAGGAGUUCAGAUUCCAACACAAUUCAACAAGAUAUCCGAAACAAUCAUUGCAUGCAGAACUGCCCAUUUCACAGAUAUAGCUGUUGUGCUAAAUAGUGAAAAUAGUUAGAUAUGCAAACAGGAAUGCGACAUGAUUACAACAAGUAUCACUACAUUGGUAUCCUACGGAUAUCUACGACAGAUCUAUAUUGCCGUGCCUUGCCAGAUGAUCAAACAGACAAAGGCACUUCUGACAAAUCUAACAACAAGAGAGAAACUCACGUCAUGGAUGACAAAUAAAUGGUAUGAAACUGAAGAUAGAGAGCUCAAAGUGGAUGUCAAAAUAUUAAGUAAUACUGGACUUAAAGAAGACAAAUUGAUUACAUUACUUGCGGAUGUUAAGCAGUCAUUGGAUGCGGGCCAGUUUUUUUGUUCAACUGUUUCGCAAGUCCUCGACCCUGACACAGUAGUUGUUGAAAUUUCUGACCUGUAUGAAAUGUCGGCCAACAUCAACCAAGGAAUUAUACGGUAUUUGCAAGAACAAGAUGACAUCACAAUCUGGAAAACAGCUGUAGAAAAGGCAUUUAACAUACAUAUUUCAUUAAACAAUGUUGGUGGCAAUGUUGGAGGAACAUUGCAGGAUAUAAUAUUGUUUGAAGCAUAUUUACAGUCUGAAUUUCCCAAACAUCCGUCGAUGUCUCCUGUCAAAGAUGUACACCCUCCAAGAAGUAUGAAUUUAUCAGAAAACAAGGCAGAACUGGUGGAAACAAAAGAUGUUUUCAAACAAAUAUCAAAAUUGGAUCUUGGUGGAAAAGGAAACAUAACUGUUUAUAUAUGUACCGGGGAUAUAGCGAAUAGUAUUGACGAUUGCAUUAUAUCACCAACGCAUAUGUUUAUAUCGAAGCAUUCAGGUGUAGCACAAAGACUGUCAGAAAAAGGAGGAGAUGAGUACAAAGAUGCAUGCAUUCAACUUGAAAAACAGGGAAAAUUGUACUCUUUAGAGUGUCGCGUUUCUGGUGCGGGAGGAGAUCUCCAUUGCAAGAAAAUAAUCCAUAUAAGCAUUCCACAUUUUGAAUGUGUCAACAUUGAAACUUUAAAGAUGUUGGAAAUAGCCGUAUUUUACUGUUUUGAAACCGCAGGUGCAUAUGGAUAUCAAUCUGUAGCCAUUCCUGCUGUUGGAACAGGCAUCGGACCUAUAACGAUAGAACAUUGUGGGCAACAAAUCAACAGAGCAAUAAACCGUUAUAAAAAGAAUAGUAAAUAUGUAAGCCAUGUGAAUAUUGUUGUCUUAGAAGAAAACAUGGCCCAGCAAAUUAAAAUAGAUGAUUUUGAUGAAAUUACAGAUGCCAAUGCAUCACUUGAUAAGCAUUUGGUGGCAUUUGGAAAUCGAAUACAAGUAUAUUUACCACCUUUUAAGAGUCGAAUAGAGGUGGACGCAGUUGUUGUGAAUAGCGUAACACACCUUGAACAACCACUGGUAACAUACUUAGAUCCGGUGUCGGAUAUUUUCAAUAGCAGCUGGACUGUGAAGAUCCGCUUGCCUAUGUGGAAUCCUUUGGAAUAUCACGACAUAACCGAAUUCGAGAGAGAGGUUCAAUGCAAAAUGGAAAGCUUGAUAAACUUGUUUAAUCAGCACAAGUGGGAGGCUGUUGCUCUUCCUUUAUUUGGGGAAAGCGAUAAACCGGAGUCAUUCCAAUCGCCACUUCUGCGCGCAAGUGUUGCAAUAGUACACGGUCUGGACAAUGUGAAGCAUUGCAAAAACGUUAAGAUUAUCAAACUGUAUAUGCUAAGCAGCAAUAUGGAUUUUGUAAACAUGUUUUAUAACGUGUUGACAAGAAAGAAUUGUUUCAAACUACCGUAAUGCAUUGCAUUCGCCCGUACCAGUCAUUUUACUCUAUAGAGCAAUAUCUGCAUAGCUAUACUGUAAGUUGUAAAGUCGAAACCCUACACAUACGCAUGAACUAAAAUCAUGCCAUCCAUGAAAAAAGGUUUUCAUAUUUAAACAAAUAUAUGCUAGCCGUUUUGUCUCUAUUGAGUCCCAAUUUACACACAAAAUAUGAACAUCUAUGUUAUCAACUGUAUUUUUUGAAUGAUGAAUUUAAAAACCUGUGUGUACUUUGAGAAUAUAUUGUUUACACAUUAAUUAGUCCAUGAUUUUUAUUGACCAGGGUAGCUCUUUUUCUGUGUCUGUGUGGGGGGAGGGGGGGGGUGGACACGGAAAAUAUGUCAAAAACAUUUUUUUGUGUUCAAAUGCAUUCCAAUGCAUUGUUUAUAUGCUAAGUUGAUACAAUACAGAUGUGAUGAGACUGGAAAUGGGGUAUCAAGGGUAUGCUUUCAGAAUGCUGGACUAUUCCCUCCCCCCCCAAAAAAAAAAAUAGUCUACUCGCCCAAUUUUAUUGGACAAGUCACCUCAACCAAAAGACAACUCGCCCCAAUUUAUGCUUUUGUAGAUUUUAUCGUUGAAUAAUUACAAUAAUUUUACCAGCAUAUUUGUUUGUUAAGUCAGCAAUACAUUAUGUAUUAUAAUAAACGAAAAAAACGCGUAUUUGAUCAGUUUUUAGCUCACCUGAGCACAACGUGAUCAUGGUGAGCUUUUGUGAUCGCCUUUUGUCCGUCUUCCGUUGUGCGGCGUCAACAUUUGCCUGGUUAACUCUCUAGAGUUCACAUUUUUUUUGUCCAAUCUUCAUGAAAUUUGGUCAGAAGAUUAGUCUCAAUGAUUUCUUGGAUGAGUUCAAAAAUUGUUACGUUUGCUUGAAAAACAUGGCUUCCAAGGGGCGGGGCAUUUUUUCUUAUAUGGCUAUAUAUGGCUAUACUAAAAUAUUGUUAACACUCUAGAGGCUACAUUUAUUGUCUGAUCUUCAUGAAACUUGGUCAGAAGAUUCGUCCCAAUAAUGUCUUGGACGAGUUCGAAAAUAAUGCCGGUUGGUUGAAAAACAUGGCCGCCAGGGGGCGGGGCAUUUUUCCUUAUAUGGCUAUCGUAUCACCUUGUUAACACUCUAGAGGCCACAUUUAUUUUCCGAUCUUCAUGAAACUUGGUCAGAAGAUUUGUCCCAAUAAUAUUUUGUUAUCUCAGGUGAGCGACUUUGGGCCUCUUGUUUUUAAUAAAUAUUAAAUGAAUAAAAUACAGGUCGCCUGAAAAGAAGUGUUAUAAUUUGUAAAUACUAUUAUUUUGUAAAUAAAGUACUUGUAAAAUUUGAUGUACACUAUUUGUGAUUAUUGUAAAAAUUGUAGUUUUAUGCUGUUUUUCCCCAUUUUUAUAUAGAACAAGAGAUGUGUUUGUCAGAAACACAAUGCCCCCUAUUGCGCCGCUUUGGUGCCGUAUAUUUGACCUUUGACCUUGACCUUUCACCACUCAAAACGUGCAGCUUCAUUAGAUACACAUGCAUGCCAAAUAUCAAGUUGCUAUCUUCAAUAUUCAAUAUUGCAAAAGUUAUCGCAAAACUUUAACCAAGGUUAAAGUUUUUUUGGGACACACAAUGAAUGACAGAGAGACAGGCCAAAAGCAAUAUGCCCCCGAUCUUUUAAUUUUAAUGAAUUAAUUGUUUAUAAAUCUGAUUGCUCUUAAUUAUAAAUUGUAGUUAGCUUUCAUAUAAUAGUGUUUAUUAGCGCCUUUAUGUCCGUCUUGUUUUAAUUGUAUGUUCACAGAUUUAUUAAUGAGACAUGUUGCAUGAUAGUUUGGUGAUUUGUGAUUAAAGAAUAAAGGAAUGCUUUUGUGACAUGGAAUACGAUUUCUAGUUGUGUUGGAAGAGAAGUGUAUAUAUAGACCACAUUUGAUUUACAUAAAUAGUUCUUGUUGUCGAAUACAAUAUUUGUUUACUUUGUGAAUUUUGUUUUUCUGCCAUGGCAUGUAUGAGUUUUAUUGUAAUAAAUAUUUAUUAUAAGUUUU